CCUUAGCAGGCGAUUCACUACCUGGAAGAUGUAACAACGUUUAAUUUAUUUCUUUUAUAAAUAAACAAUGUCGGCAAAAGGGGGGUCAAGAGGAUUUUAUUUUAACACAGUAUUGUCAUUGGCCCGGUCAUUGGCUGCUCAUCGCCAAGCUCCCAUUGACAAGGUUCAGAAGCUACAAUGCAUGUGUCCAGUGGACUUCCGAGGUGUGUCCCAGCUGGACGAGCGGAGGAGAGACGCUGUAAUAGCACUGGGUAUCUUCCUAGUGGAAUCUGAUCUGCAGCACAAAGACACAAUUGUCCCUUACCUUCUGGGUUUACUGAAGGGACUACCGCGAGUGCAGUGGAUCGAGGAGAGCUCAGAACGGAAAGGGAGAGACACCCUCCCUGUUGCUGAGAACUUCUGCUUUUGCCUGGUGACUGUGCUCUCUGAUGUGGCCCAGAGAGAUGAGAGCUUGCGAACUCAGAUUUUGGAAGCUGUUAUGGACCUCAUGCAGGUUCUCCUGGAGAUAUGCGGGAACCCUGAAGGACAAGACAAAGAACUCCUAUGUCGCUAUGCAGUGCCGUGCCUGAUUGGCGUGGCGCGGGCGUUUGGUCGCUAUAGUAACACAGAGGAGCCGCUGCUCUCCAAGCUGUUCCCCCGGGCUGUGCUGCAGUCCGCGGGCGUGGCCGAGGACGUCGAGUCGACACGCCGGCGUUCCUUCAACGACUUUCGCUCCAUCCUUCCCAGCUCGCUCCUCACCGCCUGCCAGAGCGACACGCUCCGGCAAAAAGCCAGCAGUGUGUCCAGCAUCUCCCAGGCCAGUCCAGAGCGCACGGGGCUACCAGGGUCCCCCGCUAACCCCUCUGCUCAUUACUUCGAAGCUGGAUCGUACCUGCCGGACGGCAGCACCGUGGACCCUGUCUACUACUUCUCCACCGUCAGUUCCAGUUUCUCCAUCUCUCCUCUCUUCACUGGCAGCAGUGCCAAGGGCUUCGACGUGCCCCUGGAUGUGCUGAGGCGUCUCCUACACAUGGUUGAGCAGUUUGUGGCCGAGUCGUUUUUAAAGACUGUGGAUCAGACCUUGGUUGAGUUUCUGGAGACUAAUCCAGGUGUGACCCUGUUCUACAAAACCUUCAGUGAUCCUCUUUAUGUGGCCAUAUUUAAAAUGUUGAGGGACACUCUGUACAAUACAAAAGACCUGCACACGGCCUUCGUGAAGGAUGUGCACGACUUCGUGCUGGAGGAGUUCAGCAACAGCCAGUCGGAGCUGCAGCGUGUGCUGCAUGAUGCUGAGGGCCUGUCCAGUCAGCUCAGCCCUCUUAAACUCCGCUGCCAGGCCAACGCCGCCUGCGUGGAUCUCAUGGUGUGGGCCGUCACAGAGGAACAAGGUGCUGAGAAUCUUUGCACCAGGUUGUCAGAGAAGCUGCAGUCCAAGACGUCCAGUAAAGUCAUCAUUGCCCACAUGCCUCUGCUGAUCUGCUGCCUGCAGGGUCUGGGCCGUCUGUGCGAGCGCUUCCCUGUGGUGGCCCACUCUGUCACCAUGUCCCUCAGAGACUUCCUGGUGGUUCCUUCUCCCGUGCUGGUUAAACUCUACAAAUACCACAGUCAAUACGCCACUGGGACCGGAGAGAUCAAGAUCCACGUGACCAACGAGCACUCCCAGUCCACCUUCAGCGCACACUCCAGUAAGAAAAGCCAGCCCUCCAUGUAUGAGCAGCUCCGAGACAUCUCCAUAGACAACAUCUGCAGGUGCUUGAAAGCGGGUCUGACCAUGGACUCGGUCAUCGUGGAGGCGUUUCUUGCCAGCCUCUCCAAUCGUCUCUACAUCUCCCAGGAAAACGACAAGGACGCCCACCUGAUUCCGGACCACACCAUCCGGGCCCUAGGGCACAUCGCCGUGGCCCUCAGAGAUACGCCACGCGUGAUGGAGCCCAUUCUACAGAUCCUCCAGCAGAAGUUCUGCCAGCCACCCUCUCAGCUGGACGUGCUCAUCAUAGACCAGCUGGGCUGCAUGGUCAUCACAGGGAACCAAUACAUAUAUCAGGAGGUCUGGAACUUGUUUCAGCAAAUAAGCGUGAAGGCCAGUUCAAUGGUGUACUCCACCAAAGACUACAAAGACCAUGGAUACCGACACUGCUCGCUGGCGGUGAUCAACGCGCUCGCCAACAUCGCCGCCAACCUGCAGGCGGAGCACAUGGUGGAUGAACUGCUGGUGAACCUGCUGGAGCUGUUUGUCCAGCUGGGCCUCGAGGGGAAGAGAGCCAGCGAGAGGGCCAGCGAGAAGGGCCCGGCGCUUAAGGCUUCCAGUAGCGCGGGUAACUUGGGAGUGCUCAUACCUGUCAUAGCUGUGCUGACCAGACGUUUACCACCAAUAAAGGAGGCGAAGCCCCGCCUACAGAAGCUCUUCCGCGACUUCUGGCUCUACUCGGUUGUCAUGGGUUUUGCCGUGGAAGGCUCGGGACUGUGGCCGGAGGAGUGGUAUGAGGGGGUGUGUGAAAUCGCCACCAAGUCGCCGUUGCUGACGUUCCCCAGCGGGGAGCCCCUGCGCUCCGAGCUGCAGUAUAACUCCGCCCUCAAGAAUGACACCGUCACCCCAGCCGAGCUCAAUGAUCUGAGAAGUACCAUCAUUAAUUUGCUGGAUCCGCCUCCUGAAGUCGCUGCUCUCAUUAACAAACUGGACUUUGCCAUGUCAACCUACCUGCUGUCCGUCUACCGGCUGGAGUACAUGAGAAUGCUGCGCUCUCUGGAUUCUGACCGCUUCCAGGUGAUGUUUCGUUAUUUUGAAGACCGAGCCAUCCAGAAAGACAAGUCAGGGAUGAUGCAGUGUGUGAUCGCCGUCAGCGACAAGGUUUUUGACGUCUUCCUUCAGAUGAUGGCUGACAAGCCCAAGACCAAGGCGCACGAGGAGGAACUGGAACGGCACGCCCAGUUCCUGCUGGUCAACUUCAACCACGUCCACAAGAGGAUCCGGCGAGUGGCGGACAAGUACCUCUCUGGCCUGGCCGAAACCUUCCCUCAUCUGCUGUGGAGCGGUCGUGUACUGAAGACCAUGCUGGAUAUUUUGCAGACCCUGUCUCUCUCGCUCAGUGCCGACAUCCACAAAGAUCAGCCGUACUACGACAUCCCAGACACCCCACACCGCGUCACUGUUCCUGACACGUACGAAGCCAGAGAGAGCAUCGUGAAGGACUUUGCCGCGCGCUGUGGCGAGAUCCUGAAGGAGGCCAUGAAGUGGGCGCCGUCCGUCACCAAGUCCCACCUACAGGAGUACCUUAACAAGCACCAGAACUGGGUGUCCGGCCUGUCCCAGCACACGGGCCUUGCCAUGGCAACCGAGAGCAUCCUGCACUUCGCGGGCUACAACCGGCAGAGCACCGCCCUGGGCACCACUCUGCUGACGGAGAGGCCGGCCUGUGUCAAGAAAGAUUAUUCCAACUUCAUGGCCUCGUUGAACCUGAGGAACCGCUAUGCGGGGGAGGUGGCAGGGAUGAUCCAGUUCUCAGAGGCCACGCAGAGCACGUCAGAUCUGAACAAGCUGAUGGUCCAGCAGCUGAGUGCGGCUCUGGACGGGGGCCAGCCGGAGGCCUUCACAGAGGCCAUGUUCAAACUGGCAGCACUCCUCAUCAGCUCGAAAGACUGUGAUCCACAGCUCCUGCACCACUUGUGCUGGUCUCCACUGAAGAUGUUUACAGAGAACGGCAUGGAAACAGCUAUUGCCUGCUGGGAAUGGCUGCUAGCAGCUAGAACUGGCGUGGAGGUCCCGUUCAUGCGUGAGAUGGCAAGCGCGUGGCAGAUGACAGUAGAGCUGAAGAUGGGCCUGUUCUCAGACGCCCAGCUGGAGGCCGACCCCCUGGCAGCAUCUGAGGAGAGCCAGCCUCUGCCCUGCCCGCCGGACGUCACGCCCCACUACAUCUGGAUCGAGUUCCUUGUCCAGCGCUUCGAGAUCGCCAAGUACUCCAGUGUGGACCAGGUGGAGAUUUUCGGCAGUCUCCUGCAGAGGUCACUGUCGCUCACUGUGGGCGGGUCAAAGAGCAGCCUGAACCGGCACGUCGCUGCCAUCGGACCGCGCUUCAGGUUGCUGACCCUUGGCCUUUCCCUGCUCCAUUCUGAUGUGGUCACCAAUGCCACCAUCCGGAAUGUUCUCAGAGAGAAGAUCUACUCCACUGCCUUCGACUACUUCAGUGUGGCGUCCAAGUUCCCCACUCAGGGGGACAAGUGUCUUCGUGAGGACAUCAGUGUCAUGAUCAAGUUCUACGCCAGUAUCCUCUCGGACAAGAAGUACCUAGCCGCUAGCCAACUCGUGCCAGCUGGUGAGCCUAGCGCCAAUCCUCCUCAAAGCUCCUUGUCUGCUGGGAUUUUCGGAUCGCUAAUCGUUUCCAGCACUUCUCCGAUAUCGAUCUUGAACAACCAGGACCCGUCACUGAACAGCCUGUCCGUGAUGACGGCUGCGGACCCCAGGAACACCACGGACGUGUCCAUGGCUACCCGGCAGCAGAGCACCCAGGGCUGGAUCAACACGUACCCGCUGUCCAGCGGAAUGUCCACCACUUCCAAGAAAUCGGGAAUGUCAAAGAAGAGCAACAGAGGCACUCAACUGCACAAGUACUACAUGAAGCGCAGAACACUACUGUUGGCCUUACUGGCGAGCGAGAUCGAGAGACUCGCUACCUGGUACAACCCACUGUCCGCCCAGGAGCUGGGCAUCUUUACCGAGCAAUCGGUGGAGACCAGCAUCUCCAACUGGAGGUCCAAGUACAUCAAUCUAAGUGAGAAGCAAUGGAAGGACAACGUCAACCUGGCCUGGAGCAUCUCUCCUUACCUCGCGCUGCAGUUGCCAGCCAGGUUUAAAAACACGGACGCUAUCGUAGCUGAAGUGACCCGGCUGGUCCGACUGGACCCCGGAUCGGUCAGUGACGUCCCAGACGCCGUCAAGUUCUUGGUCACGUGGCACACCAUCGACGCCGACUCGCCCGAGCUGAGCCACAUCCUGUGCUGGGCCCCCGCCGACCCGCCCACCGGCCUGUCCUACUUCUCCAGCAUGUACCCGCCACACCCGCUCACGGCCCAGUACGCGGUGAAAGUGCUGCGCUCCUUCCCGCCGGAUGCAAUUCUCUUCUACAUUCCUCAAAUCGUGCAAGCGCUCCGGUACGACAAGAUGGGUUAUGUGCGUGAGUACAUACUGUGGGCUGCACAGAAGUCACAACUCCUGGCCCACCAGUUCAUCUGGAAUAUGAAGACCAACAUCUACGUGGAUGAGGAGGGUCACCAGAAAGAUCCGGACAUUGGAGAUCUGCUGGAGCAGAUGAUGGAGGAGAUCAUAGGGUCCCUGUCAGGCCCAGCCAAAGAUUUCUACCAGCGCGAGUUUGACUUCUUCAACAAGAUCACCAACGUCUCCGCCAUCAUUAAACCUGUCCCCAAAGGCGAGGAGAGGAAGCGAGCUUGUCUCAAAGCCUUGUCCGAGAUUAAAGUCCAGCCAGGCUGCUACUUACCAAGCAACCCUGAAGCCAUUGUUUUGGAUAUCGACUACAAGUCUGGCACUCCUAUGCAGAGUGCCGCCAAAGCUCCUUAUCUCGCAAAGUUCAAAGUCAAGAGAUGUGGAGUGAGUGAACUGGAGAAAGAAGGUAUGCGCCGCAGCUCCGACUCCUCGGAAAACGGCGACAGCAGCUCGGAGAGCGCUCGGGAAGUCUGCUGGCAGGCAGCCAUCUUUAAAGUGGGAGACGACUGCAGACAGGACAUGCUGGCGUUGCAGAUCAUCGGAUUGUUUAAGAACAUUUUCCAGCUGGUGGGGCUGGACCUGUUCGUGUUCCCCUACAGAGUGGUAGCCACAGCCCCCGGGUGCGGUGUGAUUGAGUGCAUCCCUGACUGCAAGUCCCGUGACCAGCUAGGCAGGCAGACCGACUUUGGCAUGUACGACUACUUUAGGAACCGGUACGGGGACGAGUCCACUCUGGCCUUCCAGAAGGCGCGGUAUAACUUCAUCCGCAGCAUGGCCGCCUACAGUCUACUGCUGUUCCUGCUGCAGAUCAAAGAUCGUCACAACGGCAACAUCAUGCUGGACAGCAAAGGACACCUCAUCCAUAUUGAUUUUGGCUUCAUGUUCGAGAGCUCUCCUGGCGGGAACCUAGGCUGGGAGCCAGACAUCAAACUGACCGACGAGAUGGUGAUGAUUAUGGGCGGGAAAAUGGAGGCCACACCCUUUAAAUGGUUCAUGGAGAUGUGCGUGCGCGGCUACCUCGCAGUAAGGCCGUAUAUGGAUGCUGUAGUAUCCUUGGUGACCUUGAUGCUGGACACUGGCCUUCCGUGCUUUAGGGGACAGACCAUAAAACUGCUCAAGCAAAGGUUCAACCCCAACAUGAGUGAAAAGGAGGCAGCAGCGUUCAUCAUCAAAGUCAUCGAGCGCUGUUUCCUCAGUAGCAGGAGCAAAACGUAUGACAUGCUGCAGUAUUACCAAAACCAGAUCCCCUACUGAGACACGCGCCCCUCUCCCGCUCCGGGUCGUCUCCAGCUUCCGCGCCGGAUAGCCACGGCCUUCUGUCUGACGUCAACAGCCAUAUUAGUUCGAUUAGCAUCCGCAAGGACAAGCACUUUAUAGAUUUUAAUAAUUCACAGGCCCCGUCACGGCAGAGGUAAUUGCGAAGUCCAGAUCAGUAGUUUCCUCCUGCCAGCACGGGGCCCCUGUAGUCGCCCGAGUGUCUGUUCUCUCUCUGUAAACUGUUCCUCAGAAUAAUGUAUGCAGUCACAUGUGGUCGUGUUUGUUUGUUUGUUUUUUCCUUCUAGUUUGUUGGUAACAUUCCAUUUUUUUUGCACCUAACAAUGUAUUCUAAUCUACUUUGAAAUUCAGGGCUGGGUUUCUGCUCGUCUAACCCAGGAAGCCAUCACUUGACCUGGCACUACUAGUACUGUAUGUGUGUGCCCCUGCUGAUUGGCUGUUAUGCAAUAUGUCGACCUGUGCAGGUUGGUCGUGUUUGUGCUGCAAACGGUGCACUGUACAUGUAACCUUAAAGGGAAACUAAACCAAUGGUGUUGUUUUUCCAUUCUUUUCUUUUUUAAGUGUUUUAAUUGUGCUUCGGUUCAGAUGGUGGUGGUAUCUGAAUGACAUGUGUAAUUGCAAUAUUUCUGCAUGUAUUUGUAUGAUCUUGUGGUGGUGUAAUCACAGAGAAACCUUUGGGUGGCUAAAAGGAUCUGAACCAUUAGCCUGUAUGCCGGGUGACUGCCCGGUGGAAGUCUGCAAAGACAACCAGCUUCACUUUAUUUAAAGGUUAUUUCAGAGAGUUUACCCACACGUCUGCGUUAGAAUUCAUUCAAUCCAUUAGUCUGUUAAAUAAUUUUCUUUUAAAAGGUAUUAUUCAAUAAUCAGUAAACAAUUUUAGUAUAGCAAAAAUAGUCUAGUGAACCGUGUGUGUGUAUAUAAUAUGUCUUAUAUGUGAGAGAAACGCUGAAUGAUAAUCUAUGAUCCUGCACUUAAGGAUUUUUAAAGUCUUAAUAUAACAGUAGGUCUGUUUAUGGUUUAUCGUUGCCUUCUGCAGCUGUUGCGCUGUGUUUCAUUUGUUUGUGGGGUGUGAGACACUGCUGCGCAGUAACCUUCAUGUUAACUGUCGCCGUGGUUUUUUUUUUUGGGUUGCGUUACAUACCAAAUGGAAAGGGGAUUUGAGACACAGCUUCUCUUUUUUCGUGAGCUCACUAGCUGUUGCGCUAUGGACCCGGGGCCAAAGUUCUGUGUGACCUUACCAAGGGUUGAGGGCGUGAAGAACAGGGGUCUGGUCACCACUCAGCAUGUGCAGUGCCCCUAUGCUAGAAAUUGUACUCCGUUCCAGAUUGAAAUCCCAGCAAUGUGUUCAUGUUUGUCCAACGAAAUACAAAGAGUUGAAAGAAA